AUGAAUAUACAGCCACAUUUCUUCGGUUUGGGCUUCAACGACACCGUCCCAGACGAAGUACCGCUCGACAAUUUGACAGCUACCACGAUGGUGAAACGCAAUCCGAAAAUGAUCUCAGCUAAGAUGAUAGCGCUUCAACUACGCGCCGAACGAAAGGAAGGAUGGACCACGCAAAUGGUGAAGGACUUCGAGCUCAGCAUCACGGAUUAUUUCGAGAAAGAGUACAAGUCCGACACGAUACGACUCCUUACCCUCUCCACAUCAUUUGUGGUUCGGGCCGGAAUGAGUCUGCUGCCAUUCUUGGUUGUCGGCUUCGCUAUCAUGGCAUGUGUUUCUACAUUGACAACGUUUCUGAGUGCAGCGUUCAUGGGCCAGACCAGUAUUCACAAGUUCUCCUUGGCGAUUAUGGCCUGCAUAUGCCCGUUCAUGGCCUGCGGCACAGCACUCGGUGCUCUGUUCUACAUGGGAGUCCGCUUCGGAUCCAUUCUAUGCGUGACACCGUUUCUUGUUUUGGCAAUUGUUAAAGGGGACUGUGCUGCUUAUCGAUUAGCUCAGGUCCUGUCUGACACUGGUCCAGCCAUAAUGAUCAGCGCUUUGACGAAUAUGUCAGCUGAUGCCGUCGGAGCAUUCACGAGUUCACCAGAGAUAACGUUACUGUGCUACGGUAACGCUGCCUGUAUUUUCGUUGACUUUAUUUAUCAGAUCACUCUCUACAGUGCCGUAAUGGUCCUCGCCGGGAACUUUGAACUCGAGAACGAACGGAAACAGAGUCUCACACAACGAGUUGAGUGCGGAACCGACGAAGUUAACGUAAGUUUGGACAAGUCGUCGAUGGCUUCAUUCCGGGAACUGGUGAAUGAUCGAUUCAGCUCAUUUAUGGAAAGCUACGUUAGCCUUGUGACCGCUAAAGUAUUCGACAUAAUUAUGAUUGUCGUGUGGUUAUCCUUCUUGGUGUUUUCUGUCAAGGGUAUAACCCAAAUCCCCAUAAAUCUGACGCCUAAAAAGCUCUUCUCCCGAGAUUCAUCGCUUGUUGAGAUGGACACGUACCGAGUCAAUUAUGUCAUACCGUAUUUCACAGUUGCAACAGUAUUCGUGAACAAGCCCGGCAAUCUUUCAGAUCAGUCUCGUGUGAAGAGACUAAACCAACUGGUCGACGACAUGGAAUCCCUGCCUGGCGCCUGGGGACCAGAGAGCACCAACUUUUUCUUGCGAGAUUUCGUUGAAUACGAAAAAGGAAUGAGUGAAAUAGAAACAGGCGAAGAGGAAACCUCAGUUCCUCGAGAUCCGAAUACUUUGAACACGAAGGAUUUGGCAUCGUUCCUCGAAUGGCCCGAGUACAAGUACUGGAGAGAGAACUGGAACGGUUCUUCUUCACCACGGCUUAUCGCGGACAGGAACUUCCGAGAGUGGUUUAGAAGGGACACAAUAUUGAAGCAAUGGCGUUCUGUUGCGGAUAAAUAUCGGUCCGAGUUCAAUACCACCGUGUUUUAUGACGACGCUAUUUAUCUGGAUUUGAUUGAAAACAUGCCAACAGACACUUGGCAGUCUGGUGUAGCCACCAUCUGCUGCAUGGCUAUCGUGUGCAUGAUCUUUAUGUGGGAUCCAUACACGGUUGUUAUCACAACGGCAGUGAUUGCAAGUAUAAUGACAGGAAUUCUCGGCACGUUAUCAUGGACCGGAACAGAACUUGAUCCCAUUGUUAUGGCUGCUCUUGUCAUAUCCAUAGGUUUUUCUGUGGAUAUACCAGCUCACGUAUCUUUCCAUUACUAUGCUGCUGGUAAGUGA